GGCAGAAGAGGCUUUAUAUCGUCAGUUUCCUUCUUUCAUUUCCCUUCCGACUAAAUUACGGGAGAAUCAUCCUUCGUCAACAAUCUCAAGAUCCACCGACAAUGGCUUCCUCCUCCCCGGCCAUACUUCCAAUCUCCAAUCCUCAAUCCGGCACCGUCCCCGCCGCUGCCUCAGGCGGUUCUGUUCAAUCUCAAGCCCCUGUUACCACGCCGGCCUUUCGCGCCUUCAUCAACCACCUAACGGAAUCGCUCCGACACGGCCUCUCCCAGCAGAGAUCAUGGGCUGAAGUUGCGGAUCGGACGGCCUUUUCGAAGCCUGAGUCGUUCUCCGAAGCGACUCUGCGAAUCCGCAAGAAUUACUCCUAUUUUCGCGUCAAUUAUCUCGCAGUGGUUGCUCUGAUCCUCGGAUUUUCCCUCGUUUCUCAUCCGUUUUCUCUUCUCCUUUUGGUCGGGCUUUUAUCCUCGUGGCUAUUCCUCUACCUCUUCCGCCCGUCGGAUCAGCCGCUGGUUCUAUUUGGCCGCACAUUCAAGGAUAGCGAAACCCUAAUUCUCUUGGUUUUGCUCAGCGUGUUCGUCGUGUUCCUCACCAGUGUUGGAUCGGUCCUCGUCUCGGCUCUUAUGGUCGGUGUGGGUCUGGUCUGUGCCCAUGGUGCGUUUAGGGUUCCUGAGGAUCUCUUCCUCGACGAACAAGUAACUGAAUCCACCGGAUUCCUCUCGUUCUUCAGCAGCGCGGCUUCCAGCGCCGCCGCUGCCGCCGUGCCUGUGGCUGCUCGCACGUGAUUUGAAUAGAUCAAGGGAUGGAAUCGCCUUCGCUCCGGUAUCAGUAAAGGCAUUGAAUCUUGAAAAUUGGCGUAGACGAAAUAAGAUACAGCUAUAUUUUUCUUUUUUUGUUUUGUGCAAAAUUUCAUAUCAACGACCUGCUCUCUACCUUAAGAUAGAUUAUCAUACUGCAUACGAUUUCUAUGUGUUCAAUUUUUUCCCUCUCUUCUUUUACUAUGGAUAUCGCUAUGUCUUGUAUUCGAAUUUUGUUAUCACACACUGAAAUUCUGUUCUCUUAAUUGUCCUAUUCGUCAAGUUCUGGAGUUC